AUGAAUUUCCCAGAGAUUCCUAGCAUUUUUGGUACUAUUCCUCCAGCAACGAUGAUACAUAGCGAACUCAGUCCGUUUUUACUCUUUACCUGGUUACUCUUCAUAUUCUUUUUGUUCCCCAUCUUGGUCGUCUCCAUCACCUCUCUGUUCUCCGUCUAUUUUCGCCGCCGGCAUCAAGCUACUAUCGCUGGUACCGCUACUAGUACUGUUACUGCUGCUACUAAUGCCAACAAUGUCCCUAAUGGCCGAAUGCCCGCACUGAGCUACCAACUUGUUGCUACAUCUGAUCAGACCAGAAGCCCUUUCCCCGGAACACACACACACCGUACCGGCCGUAACUGGGGCGAUGAGAAAAAUACAUCACCGUACCACCAGUACCACCGGCGCGAUAAGCUUGCAUUCCGCCCAAACCCCAAGCUUACUCAUCCUCAAGCCCAGAAAACGCGUUUUAACCUCGCCCCCCCUCAUCAAUCCCUAAAAACGAUUCUACCCAAACCAACCACUACGCCUAACAAUAAUCCUGUCUAUGUACCAGUCCCAAUGGAUCUUGAUGAUUCUAUGGAUUUGGAUAGUCUAGAUGAUCCUAUGGAUUUGGAUGGUCCGGAUGAUUCUAUAGAUUUGCAUAGUCCAGAUGUUAUUGACCCUGAGACCACCGCCGAGGCCAUUAUUACCACCUGGGCCAUGAGUCCCACUGAGCCCACAAUGACCACAGAAUAUAUCACCGAGUAUAAGGCGAUAGAAGCCAUCUAUAGGGAAACCGCCGAGGAUGCGCGGGGAAGUAAUCCUGAGACCCACGAAGACAACAACACCGCCACCUCCGCCACCUCCGCCACUGGCACUGCAACUAUUUCAAAAGAAGAGUUCGACUGGGAUAAGGCGGACGAAGCUAUCAACAAAGAGCCCUGGGACAAGGCGUGGGAGAGCGGUCUUAAGGUUGGCGAAGAAGAGUUUGACUGGGAUAAGGCGGACGAAGCUAUCAACAAAGAGCCCUGGGACAAGGCGUGGGAGAGCGGUCUUAAGGUUGGCGAAGAAGAGUUUGACUGGGAUAAGGCGGACGAAGCUAUCAACAAAGAGCCCUGGGACAAGGCGUGGGAGAGCGGUCUUAAGAUUGGCGGAGAAACCACAUGCGGCGGAGCUACCACUGCCACCACAACCACCACUGCUCCUAUUUCAACCGGAGUCACCAACUACAAUAAGCUAUCAGAAUCCGCCGGCAAGGAAAUCUCCGAUGACACCACCACCACCUCCGUCACUGUCACCGCUACUGCCACCGCAACUAUUUCAAAAGAAGAGUUUGACUGUGACACCACACGCGGUGGAGCUACCACUACCACUACCACCACUGCUCCUAUUCUAACCGGAACCCGCAAGGAAAGCUCCGAGGAUGCGCGGGAAAGUGGUCCCGAGAUCCAGGAAGACAAUAACACCGCCACCGCCACUGUCACCGCCACUGUCACUGUCACCGCCACCGCCACUGUCACUACUACUGCUACUGACACCAAUCCAACUGAAGAGAUCACCUACAAUAAUGCGUCGGAAGCCAGAAUGUACUGGCGCAAUGAAACCCUUAACGAGAGGCAGGAGGGCAUGCUACUUAACCCAAUACCGGAGGCUGAGGAGGCUGAGGCCAUGGUACUUACAAUACCGGAGGCGGCGGCGGAUGAGGAGGAUGAGGCCAUGGUACUUACAAUACCGGAGGCGGCGGAUGAGGAGGAUGAGGUCAUGGUAAUUGACUCAACACCGGAGGCGGCGGAUGAGGAGGAUGAGGUCAUGGAGGAUCGGUCACGUGAGGGGGAAGGCAACAUAUUGCAAACAACAGUCACAGAUACGCCAGAGGAAGCAAGAGCAGGAGAGGACCCCGCCGAAUAUUACAACAUGCAGGAUGAAUUCUAUAAGAAGAAAAUUAUAAAGGAGAAAAUUAUGAAGGAGAAAAUUAUGAAGGAGACACGUAUGCAGAAGAAACGUACGCAGAAACUUGGAGAAAAGGGGACGAAGGGUAACACAACCCUGUUGGUUCUGGGAAACUCCUCUUUGCCGGAACAUGUGGUGGUGGAUCAGGAGGAUCGGUCACGUGAGGGGGAAGGCAACAUAUUGCAAACAACAGUCACAGAUACGCCAGAGGAUGAAGGCAACCUCUCGGACGCAACGGUCAUGGAUACACCCGAGGAAGCAAGAGCGGCAAUCGAUUUUGUUAUCAAAGAGGACAAAGAGAAACAAGAAUGGAUGAAGAAACGUAAGGAGAAAAAACUCGUUCAAAAGAAACUUUUGGGAAAGGUACGAUCUGGGGCGGGUGGCGCACCGAACGACGGAGAGGUGUCAUCAAGGAAAGCUCGCCUAAAGGGUCGAUUGCAUGCCAAGAUUUCAAAUGCCACCGGAGCCUCUCGGGAUCUUAUACAAGAACGGGAGAAUCUGCCUCAGAUUAUCGAACCUCAACACCUUGAUAAAUACAAUGAAGAACCACCACUGAGACGAAGCUGUAGGCUUGAGGAAAAAGCGAAAAAUUCAUUAGGGGGAACAGCAGUGAAAGCCUCAGGCCGAUGGUACGCUACUAGGGGGGCUAUUGGGGGGGUUAGAAAAUGA